AUGAAGUCCGUCGUCCUUCCAUGGCUAGCAACGGCCCUUGCGCAGCAGGCUAGCGCACAUUAUGUAUUCAACCGCCUCAUAGUAAACAACACCAUCUCUCGAGAGUUCCAAUACGUCCGCGACGUCUCUGGCAACGCCGGUACCUACAAUGACCUCUGGCUCAAGACCUUUCCCAUCUAUGGGCCCGAAAACGCGAACGUCACAUGCGGCCGCGGCUCCUUCCCCGUCCACAACGCCGAUACUAUAGAGACAGCGACCAUUGUUGCUGGGAGCGAUGUUGGACUCAUGGUGUCUGGGCCCUACUACGAAGGUGAUGUCCAAGGAUACAUCUUCCACGAAGGGCCUGGGCAAGUGUUUCUUUCUAAACUGCCGGAUGGAACAAAGAGUUUGAUGGAAUAUGACGGGAAGGGAGAUUUCUUCAAGAUCGCAUACGCAGGGCCGGCGGACAAGACGACGUGGUCGACUAUGGAUACACUCGCUAUCAACUUCACGAUUCCCGCUGCCACGCCCUCGGGCCAAUACCUCUUGCGCAUCGAGCACUUCAUGCCGUCCAUGACUCUUGGACAGAGUCAAUGGUUCGUGAACUGUGCGCAUGUGGAGAUUGUGGGAGGCGGCGAUGGGAGUCCAGGCCCGAUGGUCAGGUUCCCAAAUGCGUACGCUGAAGAUGACCCAAGUAUCUGGUUUCCUACGCCGAACGAUCUGAGCUUGUACAAAGAGCCGAAGCCGGCAGUGUGGAAGGGCUGA